CGGCUGGGGCUUCAGGGGCGCUCAGGUGCUCCGGGUCUCCCCACUCCUGGCGCGGGUCUUCCGGAGGGAAUUACCCCCACCCCAGGCCCUCCGUCCCUUUAACCCAAGCCCAUGCGGACUGGUCGGAUCGCUGCGAGGAUUUCAUUUAACUGAUCAAGAACUUUGAAAAUGACUUCAAAACUUCUCUGGGUGUCCUUCAUACUUGCCGCGUUAACAUUUUCAGUUACGUUUUCUCUUCAACCAGAUCAGCAGAAGGUUCUAGUUGUUUCGUUUGAUGGAUUUCGUUGGGAUUACUUAUAUAGAGUACCUACCCCUCAUUUUCAUUAUGUUAUGAAGCAUGGUGUCCAUGUGAAGCAAGUUACCAAUAUUUUUAUUACAAAAACAUACCCUAACCAUUAUACUUUGGUAACUGGCCUGUUUGCUGAGAACCAUGGGAUUGUGGCAAAUGACAUGUUUGAUCCAGUUCUGAAUAGAUCGUUCUCCUUGGAUCACAUGGAUAUUUAUGAUUCUGAGUUUUGGGAAGAAGCAACACCAAUAUGGAUCACAAAUCAGAGGGCAGGAUAUGCUAGUGGUGCAGCCAUGUGGCCGGCAACAGAUGUGCAAAUACACAAAACCUUUCCUACUCACUAUAUGCCUUAUAACGAGUCUGUCUCAUUUGAAGACAGAGCUGCCAAGAUUAUUGAGUGGUUUACAUCAGAAGAGCCUAUAAAUCUUGGUCUUCUCUAUUGGGAAGACCCUGAUGACAUGGGCCACCAACUGGGACCUGACAGCCCACUGAUGGAGCCUGUCAUUGCAGAUAUUGACAACAAGUUAGGGUAUCUCAUCAAAAUGCUGAAAAAAGCAAAGUUGUGGAACGUUUUGAACCUGAUCAUCACAAGUGAUCAUGGGAUGACCCAGUGUUCUGAUGAAAGGGUAAUAGAACUUGACCGGUAUCUGGACAGAGACCUCUAUGUUUUGGUUGACCAAUCUCCAGUAGCAGCUAUUUUGCCAAAAGAAGGCAAAAUCGAUGAAGUCUAUGAAGCCCUAGUACAUGCUCAUCCUAAUCUUACUAUUUACAAAAAAGAAGAGAUCCCGGAAAAAUGGCAUUACCAACACAACAAUAGAAUUCAGCCACUCAUAGCAGUGGCUGAUGAAGGGUGGUAUAUUUUACAGAAUAAGUCUGAUGAUUUUAUGUUAGGCAACCAUGGUUAUGACAAUGCACUGGCAAAAAUGCACCCAAUGUUUUUAGCCCACGGUCCUGCCUUCAGAAAGAAUUUCACAAAAGAAGCAAUGAACUCAACAGAUCUGUACCCACUGCUGUGCCACCUCCUCAAUCUCACUGCCCUGCCACACAAUGGAUCACUCAGAAAUGUCCAAGAUCUGCUCAUUUCAGCAGUUUCAAGAACAACUUCUUACACGCAGAGUACAACACUUCUCCGUGGGAGUGGCAAGCCAGGGGAAUCUGAUCAAGAGGAAUCAUAUGCUUUUUUCAUAGGAGUUUCUCUGGGGACCAUUAUAGUUAUUGUAUUUUUUGUCAUUUCCAUUAAAUAUUUAAUUCACAGUCAAAUGCCAGCCUUAUCAGAUAUGCAGGCUGAAAUAGCUCAACCCUUAUUACAAGCCUAAUGCUGUUUUGAAGUGAAGAAUGCAUAAUUAUGUCAGUGUUUAUAGGUUUCACAUUCUAGGAGACCAGCUUCAGAAAUGUGCAUAGACUAGUAAGCAGUUAUAUUAUAUAUGCAUAUAGACACAGAUGAGCCAAAAUACACAUACUGCAAAGGAUUAAAGAUGUGGAAUUAUGUUUCCAUCAUUAGCUUAGGAGUAGAUAAGAUCCUGCUUUAUUUGGAUUUGGCACAUAUAAUGUAUAUAUUUAGUAAUUUUGCACUAUGUAAAGUACCUUAUAUAUUGUACUUUAAAUUACUCUCCUAGUGGGUACUUUGAUAUAAGAUGCACUUUAUUG